AUGGACGUUGAAAAGCACUCUCUGGAAAAGGAUGUAGCGUGCGAAUACAUCGAAGCUACAAAUGAAUCUCGCAACUCCGUCCCCGAGAUCCUGCGAAAUCAUACACCUGAGCAACUCACCGCCCUCGAGAAGAAACUUGUGCGGAAGAUCGACUUCCGAGCUUUACCUAUCUUGAUCGUCCUCUUUUUACUCAACGUCCUCGAUCGAAACGCCAUCGCCAAUGCACGUCUCGGAGGUCUAGAAGCCACACUGGGUAUCGACGAUGUGGAGUAUCAGACUGCCGUUAUGGUGCUGUGGGCUGGUUACAUCUCCAUGAUGAUUCCGUCGAACAUGCUGCUCUCCAUCUUCAAGCCCAGGCUAUACCUGCCGACAGUUGUCAUUAUCUGGGGUAUUGUUUCCGGCGCUACAGGAUUCGUUCAAAACCACGCCGGUCUAGUCGCCUUGAGAUUCCUGGUCGGUGUAACGGAAGCGCCGUACUUCCCUGGAUGUAUCUUCUUUCUCUCAUGCUGGUACACGCGGAAAGAGCUACCAAGUCGUAUCGCCACUUUCUACUCUGGAUACACGCUGUCCUCGGCUUUUGGCGGAUUGAUUGCCGCUGGCAUUGUCGACGGCAUGGAAGGUCUUGGUGGCUACCCGAGUUGGCGCUGGAUCUUCAUUCUAGAGGGGGCUCUGACGAUCGUUAUGGCCUUUGCUGGAUACGCACUUCUUCCCAACUACCCAUCGAACACCUCGUUCCUAUCGGUUGAAGAGACCGCUAUGGCGCAAUGGCGACUUGACCGCGAGAAUGAUGGUGUGGCAGAUGAAGUGAAUGAAUCGGUCUUCGUUGGACUAAAGCAGGCUUUCUCCGAUCCGAAAGUGCCAUUACUCGUCUUCAUCCAGACGUGCGCCGUCGUAUCCAUGAGCUUCACCUACUUCUUCCCAUCCAUCGUCCAGACACUCGGCUUCCCCCGCGUUGAAACGCUCUUGCUCACAGCCCCGCCUUACUUCCUGGCCUUCAUCUUCUCGGUCGCAAAUUCGUGGCACUCUGGACGAUCCGGUGAGCAUUGCUUCCACAUUGUCGCAGCAUGCGUCAUCUCCGCAGUUGGCCAGAUCAUCUCUAUGUCAACAUACCAAACUGGACCUCGCUACUUCGCCAUGUUCCUACAAGCUAUGGGAUCUUUCUCUGCGUUCCAGCUCAUCUUGCCUUGGGUCUCUGCAACAGUUGCACGGCCAAAGGCAAAGAGGGCUGUUACACUGGCAUUGGCGACGGCUGUGUCGAAUGCGACGAACAUCGCCACUGCUUACCUAUACCCCGCGUGGAGCGCACCCCUUUACCGCAUGGGCUGCAUUGUCUUAACAGUAGCACUCCUUUGCUGCGCAACUGCGUCACUCAUACUGCGCUUCUGGCUGCAGAAGCUGAACCGCAAGUCUGACCAGGCGGUCGGUUUGGAGGGUGUCGCCAACGGACCUGGCCUUCUUUUCCGUUACACUCUGUAA